GUAAAGACUUGGGGUAGUGCAGCGGAAGUUGAGGCAGUUGAACCCUUGUACUAGUAUGUGAGAACAAGUGAUAAUAAAAAGGCAAACAUACAGCAAUAUAUAGAAGAUAAGAAACAGUUGUAGAGUACAGUUGCAGGGGGGGGGGGGGGGGGGGGGGGGGGGGGGGGGGGGGGGGGGGGGGGGGGGGGGGGGGGGGGGGGGGGGGGGGGGGGGGGGGGGGGGGGGGGGGGGGGGGGAGCUUGAGCACUCAGGAAUGAUGGAGGAUUCAAAAUGUGUAUUGACUACCGCGCGCUCAACCAGAUCACCAUCAAAUCCCGCUACCCGAUUCCGCGUGCCAACGAGCUUCUCGACCAACUUCGCGGAGCUAGGCUUUUCUCGAAGAUCGUUUAACAAAGAGGUUACCACCAAAUUUGCGUCGCCACCGAAGUUUAUAACAAGACUGCGUUCCAAACACGAUACGGUAGCUACGAGUACAUGGAAUUUCUUAGACAAGUGUGUAAUCAUCUACCUCGACGACAAUUUGAUCCACAGCAGAAGCAUUGAACAGCACGUACAAGAUCUUGAUGCAGUCUUCACGCUGCUGCACAAGAACCGGCUAAUCAUAAAGGGGUCGAAGUGUGAAUUUCUUAAGAAGGAGUUGGAGUUUUUGGGACACAUCGUCUCCACCGAAGGCGUAAAGAUCGACUCGAAGAAAAUUCAGACCAUACAGGAGUGGAAGCAGCCGUGAAACGUCAAGGAGCUGUAGAGUUUUU